UUGGUGCAUGUCGUAUCGGAUAAGUGUUUGGAAAUGAGUCAUGAUGGAUCAAAACUCAUGGUUCGUACGUGUGAUGUAAAUAAUACAUAUCAACAGUGGAUAUUCCAGGAUUAUAAUGAAGAAAAAGCGAAAGAAUUCGGUCUAUUAUAA